GGCGAUAAAUUUUGACACGUGUUCUGUCUAAAUUAAACUCAUGUGACCGAAUAUUUAGAUUUUGGUAUUGCUUUGUACAUGCCUAAAUUUUCAGUUGUACUUUUGGAGUGCUAAAUUUUUUCUGUCGAAAUUUAUUGUAAUUUUACGUAGUUAAAACAAAUUGAAAAAAAAAAUGCUUCGUUCUAAAGUGAGUUUUGCGACAAAAUUUUUCAACAGGAGAUAUUCUUCUAUUCCCGAGGAGUGCCAAUCCGAGAAGAGGUCGGGGUUGGUGAUCGGCAUUUAUCAGGACUGCAACGGGAAGCAGAUGUUGACCAACUCGGGGGAGGCGUACGACAACGACUACGGAGGAAGAAUUAAGUACAUUAUGGAAAGGUUCAAACUUUCGGAGGGGAAAGCGAAACUGUUGCAUAACAUCAGCGACCAAUUCUCAGCGACCGCCGUCGCAUCUCUUGGAGAGCCGUCGAAGACCUAUUCGGAGACCGAGAACCUCGAUCAGUGCAAAGAAUCCAUCAGAGUGGCAGCGGCUGCCGGGGCGAGAGCCCUCCAAGACAGCGGGAUAGAAAAGAUUUUCGUCGAAGCGUUCAGGAACGCGGGGGCGGCUGCUGAAGGGGCAUUGCUCGCCACUUGGAGGUACCAAGAUUUGAAACAAAAAAAUAGACAGAAGACAGAAUGCACGAUCGAUUUCUUCAACCCGUCGGCGGACGAAGAGUGGAAUCGAGGUUACGCCAAAGCGGAAUGCCAAAAUAUCGCUAGGAUGUUAGCCGAAAAACCAGCCAACAUAAAAACACCGAUGGGAUUCUCACAGUCGGCGGUGGAAAUUCUAUGCCCUUGUGGAGUUUCGGUCGAAAUCAAAGAUAGAGAUUGGAUGGACGACAAACAGAUGAUACCGGCUCUCGCUGUAGCUCGGGGUUCUUGUCAUGCACCGCUCUUUCUGGAGCUGAGUUACUGCGGCGGUAGCGAAGACGACAAGCCCGUCAUUUUAAUCGGGAAAGGGAUGACGUUUGACUCAGGCGGCCUCUGCUUGAGGCCCUGCGAAGGGAUGGGCGAACACCGUGCGGACGUGGCCGGGGGUGCAGCCAUCGUCGGUAUAAUGAAAGCACUGGCUGUGCUCAACCUGCCGAUAAACGUGAACGGUUUGAUCCCCCUCAUGGAAAACAUGCCCGGCGGUGCUGCUGUCAAACCGGGCGACGUCGUCCUCACGAAAACCGGCAGAUCGAUCAAAAUCGAAAAUCCGGCAUACGCAGGGCGAGUGACACUGUCCUCGGCUUUGAUCCACGCGGCAUCCUUCAGCCCAUGCCUCGUCAUUAACAUCGCGACGCUCACAAGUGGAGAGACCAUGGCUAUGGGCUCCGUGGCUUCUCCGACAUUUUCUACAUCCGACGUCGUCUGGAGGGAACUGAAAAAAGCAGCUGCGGAAACGGGAGAUCGCGUAUGGAGGAUGCCAUUUUGGGAUCAUUUUACCAAAAACGUUACAGAACUCCCGACAGUCGAUGUGGACAAUGUCGGCCUAGAAAGGGGCGCGCCUCUUUGCAAAGCAGCAGCAUUCCUCCUUGAAUUUGCUCCUAAGGUCGAUUUCGCGUAUAUCGACAUAAGCGGGACCGGAAGAGAAGCCGAAGACUGCCCAAUCUACUACAGGAAGGGGCUCAUGACCGGCCGCCCUGUAAGAACCAUAGUGCAAUUUUUAUCUCAGAUGGCCUGCCCGCAAGAUAUUCAUUCCUCGCCUUGCUGAAUAAACGAUUCAUAUCCUCAAA